AUGGCAUACAAUCUGUUGCUUUCUGUCUACAUUAUCACCUUCCUCAUGGGAGUUCCCGCCAACAUCCUGGCAUUUGGUACCUUCUGCCGCAAGGUGUAUCGCAAGCCAACCCCGAUAGACAUCCUCCUCCUUAACCUGACCAUCUCCGACCUGAUUUUCCUGGCUUUGCUGCCUUUUAAAAUGAAGGAGGCCUUUGAUGACAUGGAGUGGUUGCUGCCCUACUCCCUCUGUCCCUUCACUGGGUUUCUCUUCUAUGUCACCAUCUACAACAGCACCCUGCUGCUCACCGCCGUGAGUGUGGAGCGUUACCUAGGGGUCGCCCACCCCAUCAGGCAUUCCCUCCAUCGGCGGCCUCGUUAUGCGUUGUUGGCCUGUGUCAUGUUCUGGUUGCUAACGUCUCUGAACCUCAUCGUCGUCUACAUCAUGCCUUACCUCCAGUGGAGACACACCAAUGGCAGCACUCCCGCCACACCUCCACCUAGCUGCUACCUGAAUUUCUCCGACAAAGAGCUUGCAAUCCUGCUGCCGUUCCGCCUCGAGCUCUUCCUCGUCCUCUUCUGCAUCCCCUUCAUCAUCUGCUGCUUCUGCUACGUCAACCUAAUCCUUAUCCUGUCCCGUCUCCCUAAUAUCAGCAGGCGGCGGAGGCUGCGAUGCAUUGGUCUGGCUCUUGGCACACUGAUCGUAUUCUGCGUCUGUUUUGGUCCUUACAACAUCUCCCAUGUGGUAGGCUUUGUCAAUAAGGAGAAUCAGGAGUGGAGGACUGUGGCGUUGCUUUCCAGCACCUUAAAUGCCUGCCUGGAUCCAUUUAUCUUCUACUUGUCCUCGUCAGCCGUUAGAAGCAUGAUAAAGCACUGCUUCAGGAACAUCACAGCAAAGCUGCACAUCCUGCGGUGUGAAGAGACUCAACACCGUCCUCAACAGAAACCAGAAACUGAAAAAUACAAGAAAGCGGAACCUUCUUGA